AUGCCUAAAAGAGAAAUACCUCCUAUUCAUCCGGGAGAAAUGUUGUUGAAGGAAUUUAUUAAGCCUUAUAAGAUUACUCCUAAGAAAUUAGCUCAAAGUAUCAAUGUUGCCGAAGGAUACAUCCAAGAACUUGUUCAAGAAAAAAGGAAUAUAAGUCCUUCUUUGGCAUUUCGCUUGGCUUUUUAUUUUAAUACUAGUCCUGAUUUUUGGAUGAAUUUACAGCAACAUUACGAUUUAGAAAUUUGUCGCGAUUAUGAAGAAACCCAGAUUAAAAAAGAAGUCCAUCCUUUAAUUAUUCCUAGAAAAACUUCUGCUUUUAAUCUAUCAGCAGUUUUCAAGACUGCCGCCUUAAACCACUCGGCCAAACCUCCUUUAUUGGGAUUUUUACAGGCGUUAAGCAAUUUUUUGGGCUCACAAACAAAAAAUCAUUUAUAUAUGCCCAACGAACUAGAAAAUUUUUUUGCUGACUUGCAAGCAAGAGGAAUAAUUGCCGAUGUCGCUAAUUUAAAAAGCAAUUUUUAUCAAUUAAAGGCUAGCGAAAAACAAGAUUUUCGGAUUAUUUUACUUUUAGGGGGAGCGACCAGCAAAAUUGGUGAUCCUAGCGAUAAAUCAAAAGAACGUCCACAAUUAGCAAAAAAUGAAUUAAAGAACUACUACCAACAAAUUGAAGAGCAAAUUACUAAUCUUUUGUUGCAAGAAAAAAAAAUCGGCAAAUUAGACUUUCAGCCUUUAGAACUAUUUUACCGUGAUAAUCCAAGUUUAUUAAAGGGAAUUUACCAAGUAUUAGAGUUAGGGAAAGACGACCCAUGA